GAAUAAGCGAGUACUUUCUAUCAUAGAUUCGAUCUUAAUAAAAUACGUAUUUUGUUUCAUAGUUAAUGUACUAUAAAUUUUUGUAAUCAUUGAUGUGUAGAUGUCAUAAUCUAUCGGAGUAUAUGAAAAUCGCUGAAAAGGUUAAGGAAUUCUUUCAUAACGAAGGCAUUCAUUCAACAACUAUUCAACCUGAAUUUGUGGAAUUGGAUUCUGUUUGUUUGAUGUCGGAUGGCACUUCAAGUCUCAAUAUGAGCGGUUCCGAUUGCUGUGCCUUAGAUUGUCCGCCUACAACAGAUAAUGGCUGCGUGAAGGCUACUUGUUGCCAAAAUAAUAAUAAAUUACUGAAUCAGCUGCCUUCUCCCACCAGUUCACCGUAUAUGUGUCGGCAACGUAACUCUACCCGCAAUCAUGCCAAUGAUAUCGAGGCUGGUUCAUUGCUAGAAACAGUGCCAACAACAGGAAUUAACGAUUCACCGCCAAUUGGAUCAGGAGGAGUAAGUGGUUGUGGCGACGGUUCGAAUAUGGCGCAGCCAAAUGGUGAAAUUGUUUGACAACAUUCACAAAAUUUAUUG